AUGGCAGUCUCUGGAGUAGUCUUCGCAAUCACGAGCAAUUACAUUGCUUUACUGAUAGCCGCCAUCCUUGGUGUCAUCAGCCCAAGCGGAAACGAGAUUGGACCCUUCCGAGCGGUGGAAGAGUCGACAUUGGCGCAUCUAGUACCACAAUCUGGACGACCAGAUGUCUUUGCUUGGUAUGUCGUUCUAGCUGCGUUGGGAACAUCGACAGGGCUAGCAGUGGGUGGGAUCGCAGUUGAGCGGUUCCAAGCCAUCGAGGGUUGGACAGACGUGGACGCAUACCGAAAGAUAUUCUGGAUAUACAUAGCUGUGGGGUGUCUUAAAGCUAUCAUGACCAUACUCUUGAGUGGUCGAUGUGAGCCGGCCAGGACGCAGACAGAAGAACAAAGAGUCCCAAGAAUGCAGUCCCAUGAGCGCGAACCUCUCCUCAAUGGUCACGAAUCUCCACCACACAGCUCCACCACGAGUGUUCAGACACCAAAGCGCGGCAACCAUUUUACCAAGAUCUCGAAACCAAGCCGUAGAGUCCUACUUAAGUUGUGCAGCCUAUUUUUCUUCGACUCGCUUGGAAGCGGAAUGGUUCCCUUUUCCUUAGUCAACCUAUACAUGGAGCGAAAAUUCCACCUUCCGAAGAGCAAGCUAGGUGCAAUCAUGUCGGCGACGUGGCUCAUUUCAACGAUCGGGAAUAUAUUCGCCUCCUCUCUUGCAAAGCGAAUUGGGCUGAUACAGGCAAUGGUUGUCACACAUCUCCCAAGUUCGAUAUUCCUGGCACUUCUCCCCGUUCCACGAACGCUUUCGUUGACUAUCUGCCUCUUGGUCGCUCGUGCGUGCCUCAAUUCUAUGGAUCAAGCCCCUCGGUCUGCAUUUCUGUCAGUUGUUGUAUUACCGGAGGAGCGAACGGCAGUGAUGGGAAUUGUCAACAUACUGAAGACCUUAUCCCAAAGCGGAGGCCCAGCUAUCACCGGGUUGCUUGCUGGUCAAGAUCAUUUUUGGGUGGCAUUUGUUUGUGCUGGCUCAAUGAAAGCCGCAUACGAUUUAGGUCUUCUAGCCUGCUUCGCUGGGAAAGCCCGGGAGGAAGAGCAUUCAACGGGUGGCUCGGAAGCAGCUUGGAGUGACAGGGUCAUUGGUACGGUCUCUUCGGAUUCGGAUACAGAGCCAAGUGAUAGGGAAGGCGAAGUAAACACAAGCAAUGACGCAGAGUCAGACUCUGUGCAGCUUAGCGUAGGAUCUGAGGAGAGCGAAGCUGGCAGGAAUGCAUUUCUUCCUUCAAAGCCCAGCUCACAGAGUGUUUCCUUCGCCUUUCCCGGCUCAUUUGGCGUUGAGGUUCCGUCUUCGGAAGAUCUGCACCGACAUUUCGUACUCUUUAGCCCUAUCAAACCGUUGUUCCACUUUUUCUUCAUUCUAGUCCGAGUAACAAACGAGCCCAAAAUCACACUACAGUUGCUCUUCUGUGCUACUAUCAGCUGUGCGCCUUACUCGUCGAGCAUCAGUGUAUCAUCAAAUUCCCGACAGGAACUCCAUGUGCUAGUGAUGGCGCCAGCCUUCAAGAGCCGGUCUGGAAGGAUACUGUAUCUAGAUGCCUACGACUCCUUCUCAAAUAACAUUGUCGCACUCGUCGAGCAAUGCAUAGAUGUCAAAGUGGUCACUAUCCGCAUCGAUGACCCCCGCUUUACCAAGGCUCCUAUAGAAUUUGUAGACUAUCUCAAAAACUUUGAUGCGGUGAUCGCGGGACCUGGGCCAGGAUCAGCGACAAACGAAGGAGACGUUGGUAUUAUGCAAGAACUUUGGAGAUUAGACGACGCGGACCUGCUUCCAGUUCUCGGAAUAUGCCUUGGCUUCCAGUCUCUGGCUACUGCGUUCAGCGCGAAGGUCCAUAGGCUGUCAGAACCGAGACAUGGCAUCAUUUCGGAGGUUCUACAUAAGAGACAGUCCAUAUUCCGUGGCGUUGACCAGAUACUGGCUACUCAAUACCAUUCUUUGCAAGUCAAUAUCGAACAUUCCAUACAGACAAAGCGCGCCGUUCGAUAUCCAGCGGAGCUUUGGAAAGCCACCCGGAAGUGUCCGAAAUUGGAGCCGCUGGCUUGGGAUUUUGAUAGCAAACUAAACGGUGCUGUGCUGAUGGCGACAAGACAUUCAGAGAAGCCUUUUUGGGGAGUCCAAUUCCAUCCGGAGUCAAUAUGUACAAACAGCGAAGGCAUUCGCAUCGUCCAAAAUUGGUGGGUGGAAGCUCAGACCUGGAUUCAAGAACGCUUCACAACUCCUACCCCGAGGAAAGCUUCCCUACUGGACUCUCCAAAUCCACCUAUGACAAUGCAGCACUUCAGCACCCUCCUCGGAAUGCAAGACUUGGGUGAGCUUGAAGGUUCUGUGAAGGGUUAUAAACGAGGGAAAUCAAAUUCAGUCAUUCUAAGCAAUUCGUUGGUCGAUCCAGCUACUAUAGCCCAUUUGAUUGCUUACGGAGAUUCCAAAUCUCUUCCAAAUCUUUCUCCCGGUGUGGUCCACUGCAGCACAACUGGUAGUGGCCAACUACAAGUCUCGGACGUAUGCGAACUCUUAGGAAUUGUGCAGAAUGAGGCUAUCGUUCUAGAGUCUUGUCUACAAUCCAAUCUUCUUCCUCUUAAGGUUAGCACAGGCCGGUACAGUAUCAUUGGCCUCGUAAUUCCAGGAGAAACGCUCCGACUACACUACUAUGUGGCUACGCGAACGUUGGAACUACGAGACGGCAAUGAUAAAGUCUAUAUCCAGACAAUAGUUGACGAUGUUUGGACAUACAUCGAAACCAUCAUAUACUUCCUCAAACCCAAGUAUCAGCCUAAAGGACCCACCUUUGCUCCAUUUUGGGGUGGGCUUAUGGGCUAUGUGUCUUAUGAAGCCGGUCUAGAAACAGUUGAUGUUGAGCCCUGUUUGCCCUCCUCGAAAGACCCGAGAAUUCCAGAUAUAUGUUUCGCUUACAUUACUCGUAGUGUGGUUUUCGACCACAAGGUCAAGAAGCUAUACAUACAGAGCAUAAGAGGUCGCGACGACGAUGUUUGGGUCCAGAAGACACUUGAGCAACUAUAUCAGGCCGUUCGCCAGAAAAGUCAGUGCCCCACUCCGAGUCCAACACCCGCACCGGACACAUUCGAUGCAGACGCCAUGCUUAAUAAUUAUUUACAAUCCUGCGAAGCGGUCACUACGCCCCGUUCUGAGUACUGCGAAGCCGUCGCCAGCUGUCAAGAUUCCAUUGCCAAUGGUGACAGCUAUGAACUCUGCCUGACUUCACAAAACAUGAUACAUGCACGAAAACCUUCGACUUGCCAGAACACAAAUGAUAAUAACGAGUUGAGUUGGAAAUUAUACAAGAGGCUCGCCAAGCAAAAUCCAGCACCAUUCGGUGCAUAUAUGCGGAUUCAUAACGUCCACAUUCUGAGUUCGUCUCCUGAGCGCUUCAUAAGCUGGGACCGCAACGGCUGCUCCCAGUGCCGGCCCAUUAAAGGCACCGUGCGGAAACAUCCUAGUAUAACCAUCACGGAUGCAAAGGCCAUCCUCAGUUCUUCCAAGGAGCGCGCGGAGAAUCUCAUGAUUGUCGACCUUGUUCGACACCAACUCCAUGGCGUGUAUGGCCCUGGAAAUGUGCGUGUAAGCCAGCUCAUGGAAAUAGAGGAAUAUGAGACCCUGUGGCAGCUUGUGUCCGUUAUUGAUGCGGCCCCCCCUGGAGUAGAAAAAGCGAAGACGCCGGAUGAGUGGGAGGAGCCGCAGGAUUAUGUAUCGGGGACGAAUGCUGAAUCUAGGACUGCGACGUACGGAUUCGAUGCUUUUGUUCAAAGCCUACCACCAGGAAGCAUGACUGGUGCGCCAAAGAAGCGUUCCUGUGAGCUUCUUAAAGAAAUAGAGAAAGGACGACGCAGAGGCAUAUAUUCUGGGGUGUUGGGAUACUUGGACGUCGGUGGUGCAGGUGACUUUUCAGUCGUCAUUCGCACCGCCGUGAAGGUUGACCAAGAAGGGCAAGAGGGGGAGGAUACGUGGCGUAUCGGAGCUGGUGGUGCGAUUACCAGUCAGAGCACCGCGGAUGAAGAAUUUAUCGAAAUGGAAGGAAAGUUUCUCAGCACAGCUUCGGCGUUCCGGGACACAUUCAUCCGACGUUAUGGCGGUGUUAGGAAGGAUGGAUCUGAUAGACCUCUACCUCCCCUGGCUCAGUCGCCAGUGAUUUUGGACUACUAGACUUUUAGACACCUCAUGUGCGCUGCAUCAUUCUUCAACGAACAUGCAGCAACCAGGACGAAUUCGACUUCGUCCCCUUUCUCUCUCUAGCCACUGCGAAGACAUGUGUAAUCUUCAACCUAGCGCAAAUAUCUACAUCCCCUCCC